GAAACUGAGCUGGAGAGGACCUAAAACACAGUCAACGUGGAGCAUUACAGGUCUGCCUUGCCUAAAAAAACUUUAUUGUAAUAUUUUGGGGGAUUUAAGCAGCUUCUGUGAAAUGUUUCCUUGGGAUUUUAGUAUCAUAUGAGUAAAAAAUAAAUUGGGUAAAUGUUUUUUGCAACUGAUCGUCAUUCCAUAGUUCACUGGAGGUCGUAAUCAGCAGAAUGAAUUCUGUAUAUUUCUGUGGAGCAAGAAACGGCCAGGGGCCCUUUCAAUUGCAACGCGUCAACUCGUUAUUUCACGAGGCUCACCAGCAGAUGGCGCAGCAGUAUCAGCUUCAUACAGCGAGCAGUCCCGCGUCCACGCAGACUUUCACUGUGGCGGAGCGCCUGGCGGAACUCAUCCUUGAGGCACGCUAUGGGAACCAGCAAAAGCAGCGUCGCAGUCGCACCGCCUUCAGUGUGUCCCAGUUACAAGCGCUCGAAAAGGCUUUUCAGCAAACCCAGUAUCCAGAUGUGGGCAUGAGAGAGAGACUAGCAGUCUGCAUCAACCUCCCGGAGGCCCGUAUCCAGGUGUGGUUCAAAAACAGACGUGCCAAAUAUAGAAAAGGUCAACGCUUUGCACCCCUUUCCAAAGAAGAAAGCCAAAUGCAUCGUCCUGCUACUAAACAACGGAAACAAUUGGUGAAGAACCAGGAGAAAGGCUCUAAUUCAAAAUCUCAAUCCUCUUUUAGGGAAAACAACACAAUUUUUUCCUCGUCGGACUCUGUUCACCUUCAUUCCCACCCCAGACUGCACUCCUCUGCUGUUCUUUCAUUUAUUACUGGAGAACACUACCAACAACCGAUGCCUCAUGCACUUGGGCUGCUGUCUGCAGGUCUGCCUUUCUCUACUACAUAUUUGCCUUUAAUGCAACAGCAGCACAGCACAGCCGUCAAUCUCGUGCCAUUGGGGAAAUGCAACAAUCUCAUGCUUCACUCUGCCUGUCAAUCUAAAUCUUUGGUUCACCACCAUUUGGACAUGUAGCCAUACCAGCAACCGAUAAAACCCACUGAGCCAGUUGUCCUCAAUAGGAUGUGAAGAGGGAACAGGUGUUCCUGUGUUCCUCCCCCCAUCACAACAAUGUAACUUUUACCAUCAGAAUAACAGAAGGGUUUGGAUUUUGAUCUUUUUCUGUAAUUUUCAUUAAUUGGUUUUGAUUGGAUUUGUAUAAACUGGCUUAUUUUUUGAACUUUCAUGUCUGUUUUGCAUAGCUUAGAGCAUUAUUGAGAAAAAUGUUGUGUUG